GCGUGGUGGACAAGCAUAAUAAAGAGACCUAUAUAAAAGAAAGCCCUCAUUUCCCAAAAACCUAUCAUCUCUACAGAUUCACAAUGGGUCGCAGAAGCUCUGGUGGUGGAAGUCGAUCAUAUUCAACUGGAACAAGUUGGCCUAAAUCUCGACCUUGGUCAUCUAAGAAAUCGUCUCCUAAGCCUGCUAAAGCUAAAGAUGAGAAAGCACCUCCUCCUGAAAAAGUUAACGUUGUAUCUAACUCUGGAGGUUUUAGGGAAUCCAUAGCUGUUGGUUUCAAUUGGGGUUUUGGAAAUGCGAUGGGACACAGAUUUGUUGAAGCCAUCUUUGGUCCUCGAACCAUUCGAACAGAAACUGUAGUACCAAAGAAAGAUAAAGAAGUUGCUACUGUUUCUGCUUUGGAUGAUAACGAAAAACUCAAGGAUUAUUCUGAAACUUGCAGCAUCAGCUAUAAUGCCUUUCAAGACUGUUUGAAUGUUGAAGGGAAUAAUCUAAGCAAAUGUCACCUCUUCAUGGAUUCGCUGUUCGAGUGCAAGAGGAAUUCGAGUUCCUUCAACUUAUAAGUUCUUCUUUCUUUGUUUUGUGUUUUUUCGAAUAAAACAAGAACCAAAAAAAUAACAAUUCUUGCUUUUUGGUCUCAGCUCAUUUGAUUAUGAUGUUUGCUUUUUCUUGGAUGAUUAAUCUCCAAAGUCUAUGAAACGUAUGUUUCGGUUUAAAA